CCUCUGCCAGUCACCUCCCUCUUUCCUACCCUCAUUAGCUUUCCCCAGCAGCCUUUAUAUUGCCCCCUGCCCCCUACCAAGAUAUGGAGUCAGACCCCUUCGCCUCGUUUUACCCGCCUGCCCUCGACGUUGAGUCGUUCGGCAAGAAUAACAAGUCGUCCACCCCUGCGGUUGCCGACUACAAGCAGCAACAGGCCUUUGCGGGCUUCGAUCUCUUUUCAUUUCAGUCGCCUUCAGACCUCCUCGCCCCCCACCCGGAUCUUUUUGAAUCCGAGCUCGACCGCAGCCUCGAGGCCUGCUCGGAUCAGUUCCAGUUGCAGCUCCUAACUGUUGAUUCAAACGACGCCUUCUCAUUCCUCAGGUCGGACACGCCCAUCUAUAACGGACCUCCGUCCACAAUCACCGUUUCCUCAGAAUCGGCUUAUGAGUCGUUGUCCUCCCGCUCGGAGUCAUUCUACAACUACCCGAGCUCCCCUAAUUACGCUCCUUCCAACCUUUCCUUCCCCCUCGACCUCGACAUGGACUUCCGCCGCAUCAGUGUCGGACACAACCAAAUCGAUGACUACGCCGCUGUCGCCAAUGUCGCGCAGCAGCAAUCCUCCGGCUACGCCGCUGACCCCACCUCUUACGGCUCCAUGCAACUUGCCCCGGCGCCCAACAAUUCCUCGGGUGCUGCGCCGCCAAGCGCCUUUGAGCGGGCCGUGUCAUAUGACCGCCGUGCAAGCCUGUCCGACUACGAACCAUCCGGCGGUGUCCACAACAGCGGUUUCAGCUCGUCCUCGUCGGACUACUAUCCGCAGUACAAGUAUAGCCCGCGCCCGAGGGCUGAUUCUACCAGCGCCUCGUCCACGAACGUGUCACCCAAGAUGCCCGCUAUGCCGUCUGUGCCCGUCAUCCCCCCUCUUGGCCGAGCCCAGAAGGAGGAGUACGAAGACCCGCGCAAGAAGUACCCUUGUCCCACCUGUCAUAGAUCAUUCGCUCGCGCGUACAAUCUCAAGACGCACAUCGCGACGCACGACCCCAACCGGCCGAAGCCUCAUAUUUGCCCCCACCGGUCUUGUGGAAGAUCCUUCAGUCGGAAGCAUGACUUGGGCAGGCAUCUCGUCAGCAUCCACCGCGACGAGUCGGCGUGCCCGACGCAGACGAGGAAGCCCAUUGGCGUUGAGAAAGCGUCCAGGGGUUGGUGCGACAAUUGCGGCCGGGGUUACAUUGGCAGAGACCGCAGCUGCGACUGCAACGACGUCAAGUAGGCUGCAACGACGUCGAUGGCGAAUUAGACUAUCCUAUCUAUGCACCACUCCUUCGCGAUCACCUUCUGGUAUAUGCAAACAUUUGACGGCCAUCCCACCGCGUUAUGCGGAGCGCCGUUGCUGCUCGAAGUGUUCCCGCAUUCCUUAUGUAUGGUCCUGCCCAGGACGCACGAGCUGGGCCCGGUGACCAACGUUGUCGUGUAGUGCUCCAUCUCUCCGUGCAGUGCGCCCUCGGCGCUGACUGGACGAGGCAGAGUGCAAGUCUCCUUCUGAAGGGUUAAGUACCUUUUCUUAUCCAGUUCUUUGUCUAUUAUGCUAUGCCACGUCCCUGGACCAUCCGUCUGGUUCUGUCAUAUUUAUCUUCUGCUUAGUUUGCGUCACUUGUUCGUCAUUUCUACUCCGGGUGCCCCCCUCGAAUGUAAUGUAAGCUAAGGACGGACGCCUGCUCUAAUAAUGCAGCCCGCCAGAUCUCGUAGUAAAUUUGAGCCUAUGUACGCUUUUGUUGUUUACGAAUACAUAAAGCCUUAUAC